AUGUCCCACGGGGAAGAAGUGUCUAUGGGGGAGAGGGUGGGCUCCAGAAACCAUCUUAUCACCACCAAACUGAUCAGCCCAUUGAAAAGGAGGUGCCAUGGAUGCAUUCCUGUCUACCUGACAGCGGUGCUCGAGUGCCUGACUGCCAAGAUCCUGGAGCUGGUGGAAAACGCAGCUCGUGACAACGGCAGGACCAGGAUCAUCCCCCGACAGCUGCAGCUGGCUGUCCACAACGACGAGGAGCUCAACGAAAUGCUGAGAGGCGUGACCAUUGCUCAGGGAGGAGUUCUACCCAUCAUUCAGGUGGUCCUGUUGCCCAAGAAGACUGAAAAACUCGCCAAGUCCAAGUAG